AUGUACAGAACAGUUGCAUUAUUUUGCAGAUUCUUAAUUUUAUUUGCAUACACAAUUAGCUGUGCUAAAAGUGAACUAAUUGACUUUAAAAGCCACCAAAAAGUGAUUGAAAAAAUUGUUAAAAAUGAAACGAAAGUUGAAAAAAUUUGUGUUGACGAUUUGAGAAGAAUUUAUGAUCAAAACUUGACAAUUCAUGAAGUCUGGUCAAAUUUCAAUCCAAACCACAAAUAUGGCAAUUCUCAUGACUUUGGUGACUUUCAAGGAUGCAGAACCUUCCAGAUCUCAAUGCAGUACUGCAUGGCUAAAUAUUUCAACUACUUCAAUCCACCAAUUCCAGUCCCAUCUUCAAAAAGCUUGUACCAAAGUCAGUGGACUGAUCUCGAUGUGUCUUUUUUGGGAGCAAUUUGUUUGCCGACGUCAUGCACGGCUGAUGAUGUAAAAGAGAUCUUCUAUGCUAUUCUUUAUGGACAUAACUUGACUGUUGGUGAGAAAAUUCAUUGUAAAACUGGUUUUAAUGAAGAAUCUAGUUGGAAUUGGAGACGAUUCUUCUUUGCAGAAGACAAAGAACUUUAUAUGAAAGUUCUACAGAGAGCAAUAAGGUUUGAUUUUGAGGAUAUUGAGAAGCUGUUCAAUGUCUACAAAUGGUUCAUCCUAGUCUACAUCAAGCUCACAAUCAUAGCUCCAAUCAUCUUUAUGGCAAUCAAGAGCCAAAAUCAUGGAAAAUCUGCAGCAAUUUGCCUUCUUUUAAUUUCAGCUAUUUACAGGUACAUUCAUGGAGUUGGAUUUGCUUCUCUUAUUACAAAUAAUGGACAGAAAUUAAGGAUGUCAACAUUUUCACUCGACAAUUUGGACUUCUACAUGGCAGUUCAUCAUAGAUUCUUGGCAUUUUUUGGCGGGUUGGUUUUGGAGCAAUUUUUGAAUGAGAACUUCAAAAGUCAGAAGAUAACUUUAAAAUCCGUUGGAGCAGUGCUCAUCAUCAGCGAAGUUUUUAUAUCAUUUUCCUUAUUUUUCUGGAAGGAGCCACGGCUAGCAGCUGCUGGAGACACCUUGACUAUUGCAUGCUUCAUUUUAUUUCUUUAUGCUAUUCAUUUUGACAAUAGAAAGUUCAAGAAAUUCUUGUCACAUAAGUUUUGGAUGCCAAUUUCAAAAAUGUCACUUAGUGUCUACCUCAUGUCAUCUUAUGUCCAGUAUGGGAUUCACAGGCGACAGAUGGAGCCGAUUGAAGUUGAUGGUGUGAUGCAAUUUGUUAAGCUAUGCUUCACUGACUUGCUAAGUGUUAUUCUGCCAAUAUCUUUGACAUAUGUGCUUGUUGAGGAACCUUUUGCUAGAAUUGGAGAAAUAAUUGCUGAAAAUAUUUAA